AUACUGAAGAGCUAAGACUGUCCGGUAUUUGACAGGUAAAUAUUUAAGCAGCAACAGGUUCAGUCGUAACUUGGCAUAAAUUGAUCGAAAGGUAUCCUGAGCAGACGUUUGCGGUAUCGGGACCGUUGAUUUUCUAAAUGCACAUGCACUUGAAAUCAAACACCAUGACUUCAAGGAUGCAUACAUACUUUCUUAUUCAGACAAUGCUUUUGGUUGGCGCAACGACAGGAUUCCUUUUUGAUGUCAAUGACUGUAUGACUGGAAACGUCUGUGAAUGCACCAAAACUAUGAUAUCGUGCCAUAAUAGAGGGUUGAUAGACGUUCCACACUUUAAUAUAACCGGUACAAAUAUUUCCAUUCGGACACUAGAUUUCAGUUACAAUGACAUAUACACACUCAGAAACGGCGCAUUCAGUGUCCUGUGGAAUCUGACGACAACUUCAUUAAACGUGUUUUUCAACGGGAAUAAUAUUUCCACCAUCGAUAGCCUGUGUUUUGAAGAACUUAAAAACGUUAUUGUGUAUUUGGAUCUGGGAUACAAUAGUUUACAAACAAUUCCUGUGGCGAUUUCUACUUUGACACAUUUAAAUAAAUUGAUCUUAUACGGUAACUCUAUAAUAUACUUUGAUCCAAAUGUACUUUUUAGGAUUUGUAACACACUUCAAAGGCUUGUAAUAUCGCUGGCCAAAGUAAAUAGCUGGCCACAUGAAUUACAUUUCCUUUACAAUUUGCGAGAUUUAGAAAUAUAUAACUUCAGUGCAAACAUGAUUAGAGCUUCAGAUUUUCGGUACAUGACGCAGAUGCCCUCAUUGCAAACCUUCAUAAUUCAACACACAGAUUUAGAGGAAUUUCCCGCUCCUUUCUGUGACUUAUCGAGCGUAUUCUUUUUAAAUCUCGACUUCAAUAAUUUUACUGGAGGAAAAGAUAUUUUUAGCGCUUGUCAUAGACCUUUAGCCAAUAUAUCGACUCUAUCUUUAAGAUAUAACAAAUUGGAAUAUUUUCCCGAUUUAGGCGUAGCAUUUUUUGCAACUAAUGAGCUAUAUCUUUCACACAAUAACAUACGAUAUAUUACCGAUGAGCUUACCGCAAUGCCGCUUUUGAAAGAGCUGGGAUUAGACUACAACAAAUUGUACCAUAUACCGUCGACAUUGGCAUCCAUAGCACCUAAUCUUCAAAGGCUUUUCGUUUCAAAUAACUUAAUUAUUGAAAUUAAUAAUGACGCUCUUGGAGGAUUGUCAAAUCUGUCUUGGCUAGACUUAACAGGCAACCCGUUGGAAUACAUUGCGGAGCAUGCUUUUUCUCACAACCCUUAUUUGACGUACCUUUUUAUUUAUAAUACCAAACUCAUAACAAUUCCCUGUGCAAUGUCUAAUAAUUUCAAUCAGUUUAUAUCUGUUUAUCCUGAUCAACUCAUCGAAUGCGACUGCCGAAUGAAAUGUUUAAAAAAUAUUAAUUUAUCAAAAAUAUCUUUUAAUGAUGGACGCUGUCUGCAAACUGGCAUAUCUAUUGAUCUCUUCAUUGAAUAUGUAAUCAAAGCCGAUAAAUGUGGUUAACUUGUAGAAUUUCAAUUUCAACAUAUAAAUGAAAAACACGAACAUUAUCGCGAUGGAACCGUAAGCUUGAAUGCAACAAAUCCCAAGCGAUAUUGCAAAUUAUGUAAUCUAAUUUGCUUUACAAGUUCCUUUUAAAAAUCGCACAUGUGCUUGAAUUGCACCUAAAAUAUUUGCAUAUGUGUAUGCUUGUCCUUUAGGUUUUGAUACAACCAAUCAUGUAUGCAGCCCAACGUAAUAUUUCGUUGUCCUUAAGUAUUUGCAAUACUUGUAAUCAAUAUAUUACAUUUAUUGCGCUUAAUGGUUUAGUUUCGUUAUUUCUUGCCGUUAUUUACUGAUUAAAUUCAAAUUCGUUUACAUGUGUUUGUAAUUGCAUUUUUCAUAAGAAUAUAUUUAUUUUGAUAUAGGUGGGGGGUUUUUUCAAAUGCGUUUUUUUUUUGUAAAAAACAAACUUUUUGUCAUUAGUUUGUUAAUUUCUUGCAUGCAAAAAAAACCAUUUUUGUAAUUAGUUUGAUAAUUUCUUGCAUGCGAUACGGAUUGAUGUUAAUUAAGAAAGCGUUGUUGAAAUACCUGUUGUAAAAUUGAUUGUAGGUAUUAUUACCAAAUCAACUUAUGUGAAAACAUCAUGCUUUAUUUAUUUCCUUUGGUAAGUGGUAUAAUGCUGUUAUGUCAUUUUAGAUCAUGGUUUUAUAAUCUAAUCUCUUUGAUGGCUUCCAACAACGUUUUGAAAUAGAAGAAAAUUUCAUUUAACUGUUGUAUAACGAAUAAUGCAAUCCAUGAAUAUUUAGUAAUGUUAUUUUAUGUCUAAUUAAAAGUAAAUUAGUUUUUCCGGAAUGUAUAAAUUACGUUUCAUGUGUUGCACAGUGCUUUGUGCGUUUUUUGUGUAAAUAAAACGUUAAUUACAUUAUCAUAAAUAUCAAUAUGUUGUUCAUACAGGAAUAUAUUAUUUAGUUAUAUAAAUAAGUGUAUGAUAUACAUAUAGUAUAAGUAUUGUCCAACAACAUGCCAUUUUACUUUGGAAGGGUGUAUUUUUCUUUGUUGCGUCAUGUUAAAUCAUGAUUUUCAAAUAAAUAACUGUGUUAAGUAUAACAAACAAAAUAAUGUAAAAAAAUAUUGUUUGUAAUUUAUCAUACCGUUUGCAGUAUGUAAGAGGAAAACAUUAUAUGAUUGAGUGGUAAUUGAUCAUCCUCGCUGUCCUAUGUUUUUAGUAUUGUUUAAUGAGCCUGAUCUUGAAUAAACGUUCAUCGUGUGUAUGUUAAAAAUGUUAGGUCUGUAGACCUUAACGUUAUACGUUAAAAUACUAUUACUAGGAUUUUGUAUUUGUCUGUUAAUAUGUAAAUAAGCAUGAACCAUAUAAAAACAUGACACAAAUGAA